GCCUCAAACUGCGAGGACCCGCCACUGGAUUUAUGCAUUGUUCUCGACAAGACGAAAAGCGUGGGAAAGGCCAAUUACAAAAAGAUGCUGGAAUCGGUCCGUACACUCAUAUCCAAGUACAACGUUGGCCCCACUAAAACACGUAUUUCAAUUGUCACAUAUGAUAAGAAAGCCCAGGUUCGGGUCAGCUUUAAAGAAUUGGACAAACAAAACAAGAAUGCUUUAAACAGCCUUUUGGACUCGAUGAAAGCUCGAGACAAGCUAGGCGGGGUAACGCGCACUGAUCUGGCACUUGAGACAGUUGGUAACGAAGUAUUUACUACUGCAAAUGGAGACAGACCGAAUUCUCCCAAUGUAAUGAUUGUGUUUACCGACGGUGGAACGCAUAAAAAGUCCAAGCCUUACAGCGAAGUUCUUCCUCCACUUGUGGUGAGUAUAAUUUGCACUAUGUUUUUACACUAUCAUCGAGGCCGCCUUGUUUGUUUACCAGCGGGAGACUCCCUCUAUAAUAGGGAGCUUAAGCAACGACUACGGCAACGAGAACGGCAAUAAACCAAUAGGUUUAUAUUGGCCAAAUAACAACUUUGUACGUACAUUACGCUUUUUGUACAUUUCUUUGCCUUCGUUGCACGGCUUGAAAAUGCCUAAUUUCACGUGGCCUUAUUUCAAUGGCCUAUACGGGGAGGCUCAACCCGAAAGGGGUACUUCCUUCUUCAGGCUCAUAUAUCUGAAAGGGUAAGGAUGUCACUAGUCUAAGAACAAAUCUGUCAUUCCGUCUACAAGAAGACCUAAAAGGGCUAAUAGAAGAAUUUAUGGUUGUAAAAAAAGUCGAGAAAAUUUUCUGGUUCUGUGAUUUUUUCAUAGUUUAAAGUCAAUGCAUUUACAGCUGUUAAAAGGGAUCGAUACAACUUUCUAAAGUAGGUAUGUGCCAAUGGAAGGUAUACGAAAGGGGUGCCUCAAAAAUGGUAUAUAAAAGGGUAAGGACUUGGACCUCGGGGCGGAGUCUUCCAUGUAAAACCUUGUUGAUUAACCCCCCCCCCCCCCGUAUGCUUCAGCCUGUUUUGGUGCCAUUUGUUCGUGUUUCUUUAAAAGCAAUAAUUAGUGAGCUUACGCAACAGGAAGGGAGAGGAAAAAGACGACAAACCCUGUGUUACAAGCGUGACGAUAAUUUUGUUUGAAAACACUUUCCUCCAAACUUCACCCUCCUUUAAACAGAUCUUUUUGUAAAAGACCAGAAAAAUCAGUGUAAGUGACGAUCACGACAAAACACGAAAGUAAUAGCCAAAUCACGUUUGUCACGCACAAGCGUUUUGCCGUCCUCUCCUUCCAACCGUCCUGUUGCGUAAACUCACUAUUGGAGGGUACAAGACGACUUUCGGACAGAGGAACUGUCAUGUGUAAGACUGAGGCCCCCGACUGAGGAUCUUAGAGGUCCUAUCAAUAACCUCUAUUUUCCCGUUGAUAUUCAGGCUGAAGGUGUCCAACGAAUUGCUGUUGGAAUCGGGAAAAAGAUUAAUUCAGACGAGCUUGAGACUAUUGCAGGGAGCCCUGAUCGCGUGGUAAAUGCAGAAAGUUUUGAUAAGCUGGACAAAGAGCUGGACGAAAUACGUGAAGUUUCUUGCCGUAAGUUAUUAACUUGUCAAAGGGAUGGUCGUUUACCACCUGUGAGGGAAGGGGGGCGGCCGGCCAUUUUGCUGAGGAUUCAUUUUGAAAAUCUUGAUUGGUUUUGGGUGGUAAUUUUCAGAUAACUGAGCGUUACCUGAGGGGUACUUUGAUAAAUUUCAUGAAAGUAGUAAAAGCAAUAUCAAGCGUUAAUUGAAAUUGAAUGUAACAGCAAUCCGAGACUGUCUCGAAGCCUGUUUGUGUUGCUCGUCUCGCGACUUCGUUGCUCUCUUCGCGUUCGUGCCUCGCACUCUGACAAUUUACUUUUGGCACGUAUACCAUCCGAUAGCUAACACCGAUCUUAUAAAUAUCACGGUAGAGAAAGUAUUUGUAAACUUCAGUACGAUAUGUGUCGGUUCGGAGGUUCUCUUUCACAAUAUGUAAAAUUUAUGAGACCAUUUCUGAAAGCAUUGAUGUAAGACUCUCCGCCAAAAGUACUACCAAACUCGGAUGGCGCGUUGGAAGUUAUACGGACUAGAAGUCUUGAAGUUAUUCUUAAAUUUGUGUUUGUAACAGGUGUCGAUGGGGGAUAUUCCAAGUGGAGUAGUUGGUCGAGUUGUUCAGUUUCUUGUGGGGGUGGAGUUAGUUGGAGACAGAGAAAGUGUGUCAACCCACGACCACGUGGGGAUGGAAAAACGUGCAAGGAACAAAACCUUGGACCUAACAAGAAGUCAAAAUUGUGCAACACUCAUAAAUGCGGUAUCGUAGAACUCUAUGUUGUAUAAAAAUAUCUCUUAAGCUUAAAGUAUGAGUCUUGUUCACUUCUGCGCCGGCAAGUGUCGUGUCCAGCCCAUUACGUGCUAAGAUUACGUCAUUGUUCAGAGGCCUUGCCAGCCACGCCCCAUCCGGGAUCUGUGUUUUAAGAAGAAGAAACUACGCCGGGGCAGAAGUAAAGAAGACUAACCUCAGCUAAUCUAAAUUUUAAGUUUGAAAUUUUUCUCAAGCUCAUAGUUCAAAUUUACUGGACACAUGAAUCCACACGAGUCUCUUAAGAUUUCCUUUUUCCGAUUCUGUAUACAGCGAACAUGUAGGUUGGUUUUGUAAAUGGAAAAUUAGAAUUUCCCUCUUAUUUAGGUGAAGAUGGCAACUGGUCUCCAUGGAGUAAUCCUGGACGCUGUGAUAAGACUUGUGGAGGCGGUGUGCGAGUAAGAAAAAGAACCUGUACAAAUCCACCACCUUCUGGUGAAGGCAAGAAAUGUAAAGGACCAACAACAAAAACGGAGGGUUGUAACACACAGACAUGUAAGAAAAACACGGCUUUAUUAUUUCGUGUUUACUUCGUAAAGUUUAUGAAUUGCUUCACCAUUUUAGAAUUGGCUAAUAGCGCCCUCGUUUUAAGAUUGUCGAGCUGUAACUUUAUGUUGAUCUUUACAUUAGUGAAGCGCACACGUAUUUGCAAACUUGAAGGACUCGCCGCCAGUAAUGUCGAUAAAGGUGGAUUUCCAUUGUCGCGUAAUUUUCACGUGUGUAAAUGAAAUAAAGGCAAUGUAUGGUGCGACACCAGAAACUCUCCCGACACUUUAUACAUUAGCUCAAUUUUAUUUACGCGCGUUAAAUUUUCUUAGAAUACAUACACACUUGAAAUUACGCGACAGUGGAAUUCCACCUUAAGGUAGGGAUUUUUCUGAUUGCACAACUGAUUUGUUUUAUUUUAUUUCUGCAAUUGCAACUUUAGUUUUUGUCCAUAUCUUGCGACAGUGCUACUUUAAGUUGGUUCAUAUUUUUAAGAAUUUAUGUGAUCAAAUGACUGUUGACAAGCAUGAUUCAGUUCUCAAGUUGAUUAACUCAACCAUUGUUUCUUUUUAGGUCCUCCUCCUCCACCCCCUCCCUGCAAGGAAUAUUUGGAUGUCGGAGUGAUUAUAGACUCGUCAAACAGUAUUAAACCAAAUGAUUAUGCAGAAGCUCGCAGUUUCCUACAAAGUCUUGCUCGUAGACUGCAGAUAUCAGAGGCUGGUUCACAUAUGGCGCUCAUUUUGUACAGCUGGGAGGCGCAUACCUAUCACAGGCUAGUAGUCUUUUCCGUGCUCUACCCUUUUGAUGUAAUUAUGUACUGCUACCUAAUUCUGGGUCAUUGUUUAAGAAAAAUAGGCUAUUCAAAGAAGCGCAACGAAAUUACCUGGAACUGUUCCAACAUUCAUCAUCUAAUCAAGUCAUGUUCUCAACAAAAGAGUCAGACUUUAGUAGUUCGUUGGCCACGAUAUAAUUUUAUGCGCUCUACUGGUAAUGGAUACCUACAACAAUAAUAUGGAUUGAAACAUCCCGAAAUUUACUUUCUUUUAUAAUUUCUAGGUUUGAAGACCCCCAAAAUAUCAACGAACUGGUGCAAAAGAUUGGCAAACUACCACACAUUAAAGGUGGAACACGAACUGACAGGGCCCUGGAACUAGCAGCAGAAAACUUCUUUGGUUGGCAGGAGACUGGAGACAGACCGGAUGUACCGAACGUGUUGCUUGUGCUGACUGAUGGGGACACAAAUGAGGGCAGCAAACCAUUUUCUCAAGUUCUACCUCCAUUAGAGGUUUUUAUUCGUAUUCUCCAUUCCUCUUGUUCUUAGCAUCGUAACUAAGUUUUUGUUCCGCAAAAAGCUACUUUUCAGAAAUUUAUUGCAUUGCGUUGCAAGCAUUCCUAUCAGUGGAAAUGAAGGGUUUGACGCAAGAGCAAAAAGAAAACACGUUCCUGUCGCCUUUUGUCGCAAAAAAAGGAAAAAUGUUUCUCGGACUCAUUAGCGGACUAUUACUUUAUAUGAUGUCUUAUGAGAAAGCAAAAACAAGCAUUAGAGCGAUUUUCAUAUGACCUUGAAAAAUGGUUUCGGUAAGCGUUUGCUAUUUGUUUUAUCAGCCAAUGGAUAGAAAGAUCAAAACAUGGCCUCUUCGUUUUCCCGCCAAAGAAAAUCCUAAUAUGGAGAAGGUAUUGUUCGAUCGGCCAAUCGUGUUGCAGUAUGACGUUAACGCUAAGUAUCAGUUGAUUUCUAGAAAGUUCUCGGGGGUGACCUUCGUCACCCCGAGCGUUCGCUUGUUCGCGCGUUUUCAUUUCAAGGUCAUACGAAAAUCGCUCUAUCUUUGUUAAUCGUUCUAGCUCCAAUAGGGACUCAUUGGGAAGACAAACAAACAGCUAAGAUAAAUCCUGAUAUAUUUGUAUAUAUAAUUAUAAAUUGUCAUUAUCCCUUCAUACUACAAAAAAUACUUGUAACAUAUUUCUUAAAAGCUCCCUAAAAUAUUCAUCUCUGCAUGAUCCAUUCGCUCACACUCACCCUCCCACUCAUUCAUUUGAGCAAAACUAACUGAAACUUCUUUACAUUGGAAUGAAGGCUGCAGGAGUAAGGCGAAUAGCCAUUGGCAUUGGAAACGAGAUCGAUAAAGGUGAACUUGUACAAAUUGCUGGUAACCAACAGGAUGUCAUUCAAGUAAAGUCGUACGGUGAAUUAAUCAGGAAACUGGAAUAUAUCAUGAAACUGGCAUGUGAGGAUCAAUUUUUAGGUAAAUAAAAUAUUACUCUGAGAGAGCGCUUACACAGUUUAUGUAAUACGGCUGUAAGGAGCUAGUUAUUAGAAAGAAAUGUAACAAUUCAAUAUACCCGGAAAUGUUUAAUAUUAAGCAAUAUGAUGGUGUUACUCUACUAGGUGUAACGUUCCAAUCCAACUGUAAAUUUUCCGAAAAUUUUAAGGCCAAAUUAUGCGAGGCUAAAACAAAUGCUUGUUUGUAAGAAGGGGAUUAAGAAAAGAGGGCUAUUGGCACAAAGAAAGAUGUGGACCUUCCAUUUAAAUCAAUUGUACACCAUCGCUAAGAGCCCUACACUGGUUACCCGUAGAAAAUCGCAUAGUUUUUAAAAUGUUAUUGUUCAACUCGCUCCGUCUUAUAUAUUUCCGAAAUUGUAUCUAUGAAAGACACUACGGGUAGAUACUAUCUAAGAACAAAUGAGGCCAAACUUAAGAACAUUCCAUCAUGCAAGUCUCUUUCCACGCUGGGUGAUCGAUCCUUUUAUGUGGCUGCCCAUAUAAAACGAUCUUCAAAUCAUGAAACGAUCUUCUUCUUUUUAUUAUUAAUAUACCUUCAGUUAAUGCUUUUAACAAGGCUCUUAAAUAAAAUAUUAUUUACUCAACAUCAUUGAGAGAGCGAGAGCAAGUGUCACAUAGCAGUAAAAGCACUCAGUGUGCACUCGCCUCCCACCAAUGUGGCCCGGUUGCAAAUCUAGGCGUGGCUUCAGUUUGCUGUUGGUUAGUCUCCUUUGCUCCAAGAGGUUUUUCUCCGCUUUUUUAUUUCCUCUCCUGAAAAGCCAACAUUCCAAAUCCCAAUACGACCAGGAAUGGUAGACAAUGAGCUACUAUUUUGAUGCGUUACCUCUCUUUAAAUCGCUAAUUAAUUAUCUAUUUUUUUGAAUUAUGUAAAAUACCAGAGAAAUAAGAAAUUUUUAUGAGUUAACUGUUAUAAUUCCAUGGUUCAAUUUACUUUUACUUGACCUUAGACAAAACCUGUUUUUUACUUAGGAUCCUGUGGUGGCUGGGGUCCCUGGGGAGGUUGUAGUAAGACCUGUGGAUCUGGAUUCAAGGUUCGCAGAAGGCAGUGUCCAAUGAUCAGUUUACAUUUAAAAGAGCAAAAAACCAGCUGCAAUACUAAUCUGUGCCCAGGAGAAGGUAAAAGAUAAAGACUUUUUAGGAGCUAUUCAUUUAUUUAGCAGCUGGGAAGAGGUACACACAUUUGCCUUGUAAAAAUUUAUGUGCUCGCUGUAAGUUUCUGAUUACUCAGUUUCUUUCAACAAAACUUUGAGUUUGAACCCUUUCAGAUGGGUGAUGUCAGUACUCGUUUUUACAAAUGCGUUGACAUAACAAUGGGGAUGAUUUAGACAGUUAAAUUUAACCAGCAUUUUUUAAUUUGUGCAUCGAGGUGUAAAAUGAAGUUCUACCAUUCAUCCUCAAGGCUGCCAAGAACCAUAGAAAUCAUUUAAAUAUUUCCAGUUGAAAAACGCGAUUCAAAAACAUAAAAAACACGCUUAUAAAUAGGUUCGGCCCACCUGGCCUUAAGAUUUUUGCUUGUUAUUGGUUACUAAAGAUUACUAUCGAUUACUACUAUUUGUUAUCGAUUUUUUUCAAUCAAUCACAAUCGAUAAUUUUUUCUAUGACUUCGAUUGUUAUCGAUUUUCCUUAGCAAUCGAUAACAAUCGGCGGAUGAUAUCGACUGAUUUCCGAUAUUGAUUUCUACGCGUAGAAGAGCAUGUGAUGUGACCAAAUAAAAGAAGCGCCUUCUCAAGUUUAUUUUCACAGCGUUUUCAAAUUUUUCUACGGAUACUGACCAUAAAGGCAUGAUUAAUAUAAGGUUUUAAAUAACAGAUUUUUUUAAUCAACAUACAGUACCCUGCGAAGACAGUAGGGAAGACUGUCCGUCCCUUGCGGCGGCCGGAAAGUGUUGGAAACAAGCCAUAGGGCAACAGUUCCGUCAAACAUUCACCUUGUGGAAUCAAUGCAAGAAAAGUUGUCGUAGAUGUAACGGUAAGUAAAGAAAUGUUGAGAGCGUUAAUUUUUUUGCAAGAACAUCCACAGCAGAUUUUGUGUUUGUUCCAUUGGUUCUUUGUGUAAGUUUGUAGAAUUGCUCUUGGCUCUCAGGUUAAUUCAUCUCCAAAAUAUGAUUAGUCUUAACGAAAGCAUAUUAUUAGCAAUUUGAGUUCCCUUUUCUAUUGUGCAAAAAAAAAGUAAAUAAAUAAAAUAAAUAAAUAAAUAAAAAAUUGGAAUGAUUAGAGCCCAGUAAUGAGGAAUUUAGCCGACUUUUCUUUCGUUUUUUUUUUCUGCAAUGAGAUUUCUUUUCUAACUUUCUUCUUUUUUGUCAGUGGAUACUCAGUGCAAGGAUAAUGAUCCAUAUUUGUGUCCGUGGCUGGCUGCUAAAAACAAGCUUUCGUGUCUAAUAAAACUAAAAUGUAAGUACUGAGCUGAGUAGAAACUUCCCCGAGGGAUGGGGGUAAGGGUGGAGAGGAUAAUUAUUUAUAUUGUGCCAAGACCCACACCACGUUCGCCUACAUUUGUUAUCCCUUAUUCUAGCCUAGACACCCAAGUAUCCCCUCCAUACUAAAUUACAAUUCCGCUAAGGGUCUCAAAAUAAACUGAAAUGAGAAGUAGAUUAUAUAGCCUGUAUUGCUUGGAGGGGAGAACUUCAAGGCGUUUUAGAGUAAUUAUACAUGUAAACUGUAUGACAUUGUAAUCAAACAUUUGAAAUUAAGGUGGCAGAGGACAAAACAGUUAGCGAUAAACAAACUGCUAAUGGAAAUUGAUCCCUGACCUCAAGAUUACAAUUAAAACGCUGUUUGCUCAGCCACGUUACUUCUAAAUUCGUUGGGAAAUUUAUCAGAUUCUUUGUAGACGACAUUGGAAAGGAGCUCAGUGCUCUUCCGUCCGUGUUUGAAAACUAUUGUCUCGCCGUUUAUGCGGCGACCCGACUGAGGGCCCCGGGAUCUCUGAGGAUUGGGAAUCACAUACCGAAUUUUGUGCACCUAAACCUUCUAAAAUUCCUAAAAAGAUAGUAUAGCAGUAAAUAUCGAAAUCUUAUACAUCAGAUCCCUUCAACAACAACACUCACGGUCUUUAAAUAACUGAGGAGAAAGUGCUGCCUUUGUAAUAACAUCUGCAAAUGGUUAGACUUUCUAGUCUUCUCGGAUAAGGACGAUAAACCGUAGGCCCCGUCUCACAGGCUCUUGCACAUGUAAUAAAUCUGUGGGACGUUAAAGAACCCACACACUCUUCGUAAAGAGUAGGGCACGUAGUGCCCGGUGUAGUGGUCUAUCUCACUUUCACACUCAUGUAUGGGGGCAUCAUUACUCAUUCCUUCAUUACUUGUAAACUGCACCUUAAGCAGUCUGGCAAAGUCCCCCAACCAGUGUUGUAAAUUAUCCCUGAAAAGCCCUGUGGGGAGUGGAUAAUAAGACAUUUACAAUUUACAAUUUACAAUUUACUUCACCACCACGUGCUAACUCGUUGAUGAUUCGCACUAAUUAUACUAACAAGAGACAAUAAUGGGAUAGAGAGGAAAGCGCCCAGUCUGGCCAUUGGGAUGCGUAAAUUUCACUCAAGUUAUUUUUAGGCCAAUUAAACGCUUGAUGUUAAUCGGAAGUUGGUUUCCGCAGAGGUCUGCAUACUAUUAUUAUUGUUGUCAAGAGAAAAUAACGAGACAUUAUGCUCUCUCGAUGUGUCGCCAUUACAAUAUUCUGCAUUGUUUGCUUUUAGGCAUCCGCGCGCGGACUUGGUAACGUUUCAAACAAUCGAUUAUACUGUGCGGACAUCCCAGGAAUUAGACUUCCGUUUGAUUACAACCUCUAAAAAUAAUUUUUGUGAAAUUCACAUAUCCUGGCCAACACCCUAAGAUUCCCUCUCCGUUGCAUUAUUCUCUCUUGAACACUGUUUUAUUUUUAUUAUUAUUAUUUCUUCCACAGCUGUAUGCAAGCAAAGCUGCAAAACUUGUGGAUCUAGCGGAGGUCAUAUCAAUGAAUUUUUAUAUCUCAGUUGUAAAUCACAUCAAAGCGACCCGAAGAGAACAGUCAUUCGUUUAUUUUUGCGCUAGAACGGAAACUUAUGUACAUAUGAAAGAAAGAGCACUAGGACUCGCUUUAAAAGAAAGGCUCAAAGUUAUUGGGGAAUGCCUAUAUGAAGCUAAAAGCAAGUUGUGGCAAAGUUUUAAAACUUGAUUCAUCCCUUACACAUUUUACUAUGAAGCGCUCAAUUGAAAUGCAGUCUUAUGUAGAACGCCUGUUCUAGGUUAGGCUACAUUUCAAUCUACAAACAAAAAAAGCUUAAUAUACUCUUAAUUACAGCUGCGUCCACCUUUCAAAUAUGAGGUCUGCGCUUUUCGUUUUUUGUCGCAUUUGAUGAAUCUUUAGUCUACCCUUGCUUCAAUUAUCGACUCUAAAUCAGAAUGUGAAGUGCCAGAGGGUGCAAAGGUGGGAAUGGAUUGUCUAAUGUUAGCUGUGUCCAAUAGCUUUUGGUUUUAUCUCAUCCUUAUUUGAGCUAGCCUGCUAACUACACACAGUCUGUGUGGAACUGCGGUCCUUUACCCCUUUGUUUUCAUUUUCUAAAAAAAAAAAUUUUACCACAGGAAUAUAAUGAAAUUAAGUUAAAGCCUAGAACAAAAAAGGGACGUAGGAAAGUGGAAAGAAGGGGAGAAAUUAAAGCAAAGAAUCCAAAACGUUUGACUUUUGACGACGUUUGACUAAUUAAUUAGGAGCCUGAAAUGUUGUAUUCUUAUACCACCAAAUUGUCCAAGGGCGAAUUUGUUAGACUGGCGCUUAGGCCUGCUUGCUGUUGUAUCAACUAUUAAAUCAUUUUUUUUUUUCAUGUCACUCCUAUUUAUUUAGGUGGUAGUAGCGUAGGCUGGGGUAGCUGGGGUAACAACAAUCAAGGUGGAGGAAACGGUGGAGGGGGAAGACCCAGUACCUGGGGAAGCAGCCAUCACAGUGGAGGGGGAAGACCCGGUAGCUCGGGAAGCAGCCAUCACGGUGGAGGGAGAAGACCUGGAGGCUGGGGAGUCGGUGGUUGGCGAAGACCCGGCUUUUUUGGUCGUUGA